GAGGAGCGACCAAUAAGAGCGCGAGGAGCUUCCACGUGUUACUACACGAAUCUUGUUUAGUAAAAAGCGCAGCUGCAAAAAAAAUCGAGUAGAGAAGAAGUAGGCAGACAAAGAAGAAGAAGAAGAAGUUCUCGGCGUGCUUCAAUGGCGAUAUCAGUAGCAGCUUCGUCCUCUAUGGCCGUGAUGGUUCCACGUGUUCCCGCCGUAUCCACCCGUUGCUCCGCCGUCCCUUAUCUUCCUCCUCGCUCCUUUGGCCGAUCCUCUUUCACCGUUCCGUUGAAGCUUGUUUCAGGGAAUGGAUUGCAAAAAGUUGAAUUGUUGAAGACAAGAGCUUCUUCAGAAGAGACCUCGUCCAUUGAUACCAACGAACUCAUCACAGAUUUGAAGGAAAAGUGGGAUGGUCUUGAGAACAAAUCUACUGUACUUAUAUAUGGAGGAGGAGCCAUUGUUGCUGUUUGGUUAUCUUCCAUUGUUGUUGGUGCCAUCAACUCUGUUCCUCUGGUAACAACACUCUCUAUAUAAUUCUUUUGAGAUUAGAAAAUGUGUAAUGAGUUUGAGUUAAAGUGAUGUUUCCAUUUCUUGUGUUUGUAGCUUCCGAAAGUUAUGGAACUUGUCGGUCUCGGGUACACUGGAUGGUUUGUCUACAGAUACCUUCUCUUCAAGUCAAGCAGAAAGGAAUUGGCUGAGGAUAUUGAAUCCUUGAAGAAGAAGAUCGCAGGAAGCGAAUAGAUUCAUUUUCAAAUAAAACCAGCUUUCUCUCUGUAUGUUUUCCUGUAAUAUCGUGUUAUAUUAUACAAUGUCUCUGUUUCAACAUUGUAUCUGUUGCAUCUGAAACUAUUAUCUUGGAUCCACACUUAGUUUCAGGAGGCACAUACUUCAAAAUGAACUUAAUAAAAGACAAAGAUGAUCAA